CACAGUUUGCGCGCGCCAAAAUCUUCUUCAAGGGCGUUGCCCUGAAGGACUCCACUCCUCUCUCGUCGCUGGUGAUGGGUCCCUCCGACUUCCUGACGCUCAUGGCGCUUGCAUCGGGCAAGACCGCUGCAACCCCUGUCGCCAGCGCUAAUACCAGCGACAACAAAACCAACGCCACCGCUGCUCCCGCUCUCACUCACCCCGCUCCUGCGGCUGUUGCUGCGGCCGCUGUGACCGCGCCGCCGCCAGCUGCUGCCCCGCUGUUGGUUAAAUCCCGCCGGCGUCCGCCCCCCAUCCAGCCCCCUCCGCCCUCCCUCUCCGCGGACCAGCCGGUGCCGUACAGCGGAGAGGGCCUCAUCUCCCUGCUGCCCGGGUACGAGCUGCGACCCAACCGCACACCCACGAAGCCCAAGCCCCAAGCCCUACCCGACCCGCAUGAACCAUUGCCGUUACCGUUGCCGUACUUGCCUCCCUGGCCGUUGCAGCAGCAAUUAAAGCAACACCCCCAGCAACAACCGCAACCUCAACUGCAGCAGCAAGACCAGCAGCUAUCAUGUUCAGAAAUGGCUCAAUUGUCGCCGCUGCUGUCCCAGGCAGCUGCCGCCCCAACCGCCGCUGUGCUGGCUGCUCUGAAGGCAGCUGCUGCGGCACCAGCUGUGGGGGAAGCAGCUGUGAGAGCACCGGCUGCUGCGCCCGUAGAAGCAGUAGCAGCGGCGGCGGCAAGGAAGGGUGUUGUCAAAAGGGACCCUGUUGGUGCUGCCAAGCGUGCUGCCGGGCCUACAUGCGGUCUGCUGAGCAGCAGCCCC